CCGAUAUAUCAAACAGUGUACGUAGAAGUUGGCAUUUGGGUGCUUUGAAAUUUGUAGUUCAUUAUUUUAGUUAAUGCCAUUUACAAAUUGUAUGAAUGACAACAUAACGGAUAUUGUUUGUGUAAAUGUCAGGUCAUUGAUUGCUUUGCUCAAAUCAUGAAUUUUCGAGAGAAGAAGCGCAACGGCAUUGGAAGUAAGAGAACUUGGUUUAUGCCCACCAGAAUUUCGGUAUGAAAUUUGAUAUUUAAAAGUGGACAUGAAUCUUUUGUAUUUGUGCUGUAAACUCUGUUAAAUCUAUGUUUUUAUUUAAAAUGUAAUCUAUUAUGUGUGCUUAUUGUGCAGAGCAAGUUACUUGGAAGAACGAUGACUGUGGAGAGGAUGGCGAAGGAGCAAGAGUGGUCCACUCUUUAUUACGAUGCAGAUUUGAGUUUAUGUCACACUAUGGUGGUACCCCUACUGGAUACCGAUAGUGCUCCGCACUGGUUUGCGGCGAAUGUGAGCAUGGUUAAUACAACAGUGGAAAUUAGGGACUCGUUGUCUUCUGCAAUGCAUAAGAGGUCACGUCGGAGCACCUGCGUAGAGAUGCUCCAGACUUUGGACCAAUUGUUUGCCCCUGUCAAGCCAGGAGACCUGAAUUUCAGCGAGUUUGUAAUUAUUUCUUCAAGCAAGGACUACCCACAACAACAAAAUGGCCACGAUUGUGGAAUGUUUGUAAUGAAGUACAUGGAAUCACUGUUCGAGGAAAAUGAAAUAUUGGAAGAGUUUGAUCCUAUUGAAGCCAGACUGGAUUGUGUUGGGAAAAUUGUCACCCACGAGAGUAACAAGGCUAAACAUCUUUGUGAUGGAGGGAGUUAA